UGUCGCGUCUCGGCUGGGCGUGGCUUCGUGCUGCUUUUGCCGGGUUGGGUGAGGCUGUCAGUGCUCCGGGGCUGGUAGUGGGUCCGUCUCAAGGCUGUUUCCAGGAAGCCGGCACCUCAGAUGCUCAAGGGAGCGUGAGGGCGGGGUGGAAAGGCCUGGAAGCCCAGUCGGAAAUUCUAAGGACUAUUCUCCUCUUCAAGUGUCCCAACGUGGGGACUUCGUUUCCCCAGAUGGCAUCGACGCUCCCCACAUCCGAUGACCAGGGAGCACUGUUUGAAGAUCUGGAUGUGUAUUUUUCUCAAGAGGAAUGUGUGAGUCUGCACCCUGACCAGAAGACCCUCAGCAGAGAAGCCUCAUUGGAUUGUCACGAUUUAGAGUUGAUGGGAGGGGAAGACAAGACUGAGACCAGUCAGCAGUUAAGCCUAGAGUCUAUGGAACUUGAAGAGCUGUCCCUGGAAACAUACUCCAUUGCUGCACCCCUCGUCCAUUCCUCUGAAAAAUCUGAGGAUGAUGUUGGAAUACAGGACAGGAAAAUGUCAGGCGGAACUCUGACUUGCAAGACCAAGCUUAUAAGCCUCUUGGUCACCAUUGAAAACCAAACUCCAUUAGAAGAACUGUCUCAGUGUUUAGGAGUCAGAACACUUUCUGAUAUUAUUCAAGUUCCCUGGGAAGAAGCCAGUAAUGUGUACAAGUGUCCCGACUGCGACCAAAGCUUCAGUGAUAAUACGUACCUUGUUUUGCAUCAGAAGAUUCAUUCAAGAGAGAAAAGGUAUAAAUGUAGUACCUGUGAGAAGACCUUCAGUCACAGAACCAGCCUGAGGACGCACAGGAGGAUCCACACUGGGGAGAAGCCUUACAAGUGUGCCAAGUGUGCCGCCACCUUCCGGCAGCACUCACACCUGUCCCGGCACAUGCAUAGCCAUAUAAAGGAGAAACCAUAUACAUGUAGUGUAUGUGGGAGAGGUUUUAUGUGGCUCCCAGCUUUGGCAGAACAUCAGAAGAGUCAUACUGAUAAAAAACCUUAUGAAUGUGCUGACCGAGAUCAACACUUUUGUCAGGAAACAAACCUGGCUUUGCCUAAUAAAACAGGCUCACCAGACACCCCAUACCAGCACCCACAUUAUGUGAAGAGCUUGGAGCAGCCCUCAUACCCUGCUGUCCCUGAGAAGGACCCUGAGGAGGACUCUAAACACUGCAGUAUUGAUGAUGAAGACUUUUUUUCGUUCUCCAGAUUCAAACCCUUACAAUGUCUUGAUUGUGACAUGACCUUUCCUUGUUUCUCAGAGCUUGUUUCUCAUCAAACCGUUCAUGACAUGGAAAAACUUCAUAAGUGCAAAACAUGUGCAAAAUCUUUUGCUUUAGAUUCAGAACUUGCAUCCCACGAGAAGACCCACAUUAGAGAAGAACCUUUUAAAUGUACGGUGUGUGGGAAGAGCUUCAGAGUGAAUAUGCAGCUCAUCACUCAUAAACGAACCCAUAGGCGAAACACCAAGUAAAUAAAAGCUUUUGCUACUAUGUGGGCUUUUCAGUAUCUGUAUGAGGGUAAACGCUGCUUAUGUGCGGGGCACUGUGCUAAGUAAGCACUUUACGUACAUUCCAUGUAAUGUAGGCAGUAUUAUUUAUUACAUCUGAUUUAGAACUGAGGAGAUAUAAUCAGUAUUACAUGGAUAGCAUAUGAAAUCAGGACUUUAACUCAGUUACUGGUCAGACUCCAUUUGCUUUAGGUUUUAAAGAAACAGAAAACUUCUUUAAAAUUCAGUUUUUGACUCCUGAUGUGGUGGCGCACGCCUUUAAU